GCGUUUGCCAAACACAGCCUAAAGUGAGCCACUGUUUAGGAAAUAAUUGGCAUUCAUCAGCUAAAUCCAAACUACACAAAUGAAGAGAAAAUUGAACUUGUCCACUGCUUCCACCCAUUACAACUCUUAAUCCUUUUCCUUCCCCCAAAAUGACCGGCGAUGAUCAGAUAUCGCAUUCCACCUCCGACGACCCCAAGACCCCACUUCUCCCCCUCCACGACGAGAUCCAACGGCAACACAGCUUCCGUUCCUAUCUGACAUCCAUUUUCACACCCAAAAACUUGUACAUCCUCCUCGGACCUCUUUUGUGCGCCAUCAUAUGUCUCUGCGUCAACCUUGACGGCAACUCGACUGGACGGAACAUGUUGGCAGUCCUUGCUUGGGUUUUUGCUUGGUGGCUGACGGAGGCCGUGCCGAUGCCGGUGACCUCCAUGUCACCGCUCUUUCUCUUCCCGCUCUUUGGGAUUUCCUCUGCCGAUGCCGUGGCGCACACUUACAUGGACGAUGUGAUUGUGCUUGUUCUAGGAAGCUUCAUACUUGCUCUUGCUGUUGAACACUAUAACAUUCACAGAAGAUUGGCCUUGAAUAUAACGGUUCUAUUUUGUGGAGAUCCGCUGAAUCCACCGCUCGUCCUCCUUGGGAUAUGUGCGACCACGGCGUUCGUCGGCAUGUGGAUUCACAACGUGCCCGCGACGGUGAUGAUGAUGCCCGUGGCGACGGGGAUCCUACAUCGCCUCCCCAUGGGCCCCACUCAGUCCAACGUUGAAAACAAGUUCUGCAGGGCGGUGGUUCUCGGUGUGACGUACUCCGCUGCCAUAGGAGGGAUAAGCACGCUUACUGGGACAGGUGUCAAUGUUAUAUUGGUGGCGAUGUGGAAGGGCUAUUUCCCUCACGAAGAGCCCAUCAGCUUCAGCAAAUGGUUCUUCUUUGGUUUCCCUUUGGCUUUGUUGGUUUUCUUCGCUUUGUGGGGUGUACUCUGUUUGUUGUAUUGCUCAAGGGGUUCAGGGGAGGCUCUCAGUGCUUAUUUGGACAAAGCCCAUUUGAAGAGGGAGCUUGAACUGUUGGGUCCAAUGGUUUUUGCUGAGAAGAUGGUGCUGGCUGUAUUUUCGAUCCUCAUAGUUUUGUGGAUGACAAGAAGCCUAACAGACGACAUUCCUGGUUGGGGAACUCUUUUCAAUGGCCGCGUGGGCGACGGAACAGUUAGCGUGACGAUGGCAACUUUGUUGUUCAUAAUUCCAAACAAGAAGAAAAAGGGAGAGAAGCUGAUGGACUGGAACAAAUGCAAGAAACUACCCUGGAAUCUUAUUUUGCUUCUUGGAGCUGGCUUUGCCUUAGCUGAUGGAGUUCAAUCUAGUGGCUUGGCUGACAUGCUAUCAAAAACCUUGAAUUUCUUGGAGAGGGCUCCAUAUUUAGCUCUUGCUCCUGCUGUUUGUCUUAUAAGCAGCAUAAUAACAGAGUUCAUCACAUCUAACGAUGCUACUACCACACUUGUAGUUCCUCUUCUCAUCCAAAUAGCAAAAAGCAUGCAUCUACACCCACUCCUCCUUAUGAUUCCUGGAGCCAUUGGAUCACAAUUUGCUUUCUUGUUUCCAACGGCAACUCCAUCAAAUGUUGUUGGGUUUACCACUGGAUUCAUUGAAAUACAAGACAUGAUAAAGACUGGAUUGCCACUGAAGAUUGCAGGAAUUGCUGCAUUGUCCCUUUUGAUGCCUACACUAGGAGCUUAUGUUUUUGGGACAAAUAAGCAUGUUUUAUAGCUGGAAGAUUCCCAAAUGUCACCUUCUUGCAAAUAUCAUUGGGGCAAAGAACAAAUUAUCACGGGUAAGAUCAGCAGCAUACCCCAGCUAUCUUGGAGACAAUUAUAUGUUAUUGGCCCUUGGCUCUUGCCCCUUGGUCAACAAAGCCCCACUGUGUAAAAAAUUGGGGUUUUUUCUGUUAGUUUUCUGCUUCAGAAGCUGCUUUGAAGGGCUGCUGUGAUUUUAGUGGAUUGCUGUUUAUUGCUCUGAUAAUGCUGUGUCUGCAGAGUUGCUGUGUGGCUGUUUAUUUUUUAUUUUUUAUUUUAUUAUUAUUAUUAUUAUUUUGUUGCUGUUGCAGCUGUGAUGACAGUGUUGCAAUGCUGCUUCAAUACGGCUUUGAUGCAAUGUGGCUGGUGUGUUGUUGUUUUGAUGCUGCUUUCCUUUGUUUUUGGAUUCUUUAGUUUGGUUCUCUGAAUAGCUUGCUACAUUGUGAUUCUUGGUAAAGAUUUCCGAGGAUUCUUUGUUUA